AUGUUCUCAAGAAUUUCUCAGCCUUGAAAUUCAAUACAGGCAUAACUUAGUAGAACUCCAUUCUACCACUAUGAAGAAAAGUGGUAUUCCUUUCCUCUUGGGCAUCGUCUUCCUGGUUCUGAUUGGAGUUCAAGGAACCCCAGUAAUGAGGAAUAGACGCUGUUCCUGCAUCAGCACUAGCCCAGGGACCGUCCGUCUACAAUCCUUGAAAGACCUUAAAGAAUUUGCCCCAAGCCCAUCCUGCGAGAAAACUGAAAUCAUUGCUACAAUGAAGAAUGGAUAUCAAACAUGUCUAAACCCAGAUUCAGCAGAUGUGAAGGAAUUGGUGAAACAGUGGGAGAAACAGGUCAGCCAAAAGAAAAAGCAAAAGAAAGGGAAAAAAUAUCAAAAAAACAAGAAAAUUCUGAAAGUUAAAAAAUCUCAACGUCCCCGUCAAAAGAAGACUACAUAAGAGACCAUUUUACCAACAAGUAUUUUGUGUUAAAAAUGUUUUGUUAUAAUACUGAAAUAAUUUCAAAAGGGGAUGGCAUCUAAUACAAAGGAUUGUUAAUUUGAUUAGAAAAUUUAAAGCAUUAUUAUGAAAUUGUAACUAAAGCUAGAAAGUUGAUUUUAAAAAUCCAAAUGUUAAGAAUUGUUAGAGGCUAUGGUUGUCUUUGUUCUCUACCCCCAAUCAGCUGAAUUUCACUGUGAUUAAGACCACAGUCUCAAUAACACCCACAUCUGGACAGAUGCACACACAACCACAUCCCACACACAGCAGCUGUCUGGGAACACAGCCUUAGGCUUGCUGGGCCACAGAACUGCAGCCUCCAGAGAGUAUUCCGAGGCAGGUGUCGGUAAGCCCCUGGCCUGUUAGCAUGCUGGCCAGCCAAGCAGUGUGGAGUUGAGCUGGACCUCACCAAGCUGCCUUGGCAUCAGCAUCUACAUUCGAAUCAGCCUGCCCCCCUCACACACAGUGUGUCUGAGAGAUCCGUGCUGGUUGUUUGUGGGUGUCACCACUGGUAUCACCAUUGUUUGGCUUUCAGAGCCUCCUUCCUGGCAUUUGAAGCUGUGUGACUCCAUCUUGCCUGCCCGGGAUGGCCCCUGUAUUUCUUAUUGUUCCCCUUGGCUUCAUUCAAGCCAGCUCUUCCCCACCCUACCACGAUUCAGUGCCUGCCUUCGCUCCAGUGCACACGUCAUGUUCUCUCGUCCGCCUCGGUCUACCCCUUUCUCACCUUUUCCCCAACACCCCACAGGAAUGCUUGCUUCUCCCCACCCGUCUGCACUCAGUCUAGCCUUCAAGGCUCACUUCAAAUCCUGCCUCUUGAAUAAAACCUUUCUGGACACUCAUAUUAUCUUAAAACUCUUAAUUUCACUUGUGUUCAGUACCACAUGGCUGAGCACUUAAUAGUUAUCUAAUUAAUUUGGGGGUGUUUAUCCUAGCUCUCCACCCAGAUUGUCAGCUCCUUGAGAGCAGGGGCCACAGCUGAUCUCCCUGGAUCUGUCACCGUGCCUAAUAAUA